AUGCAGCAAAAAAGAAAAGCCCAAGAAGCUUUCUCUGCAAACACCACACAACCUCGCCUGAGUGCCUUCGCUGCGGCCAAAGCAAAGGCAGCUGCAAGUCAGAUCGCUUCUGAUGAGUCCUCGGAAACGGGUAUCACUACUCCCCCGAUCGUUGCAGGAGGACCUCAUACCAAUGGCACCGACAACCCACAACUUUCCACAUUGUUAUCAAGCUUUCCUUUGACAAAGGCUCAAGAGCUUGAUAGCCAUGCAUCUAGCGAUGAUGAGCAAGACGAUUCUGACUUUGAGGGCAACUAUUCUCGCGGCCACAACGGAACGACAUCUUACAAGAUCGAUCAACCAGUCAAACUUUCCAACUUACCUCCGGAUGCACAGUGUGUCAUUGCAGACACUCCGGAGAUGCUCACUUUGAAACUGGAAGCUGGAGAAACCGCUACUUUUGUUGGAGAAUACGAUCUACGCGUCAACUCUGGUUAUGUCAUGAUUUACGGUGCUGUGCUCAGAUCAGGGCCAACGAGACACCGCGUGUAUGCACCAACUACACACGCUCUACCAGUUGUCACUGCAAAAGGCGGUCCUGUUGAAGUCGACAUAAUCUCAACUGCUCGCUCGUUGGGUAUUCUGAGCAAGGUUUCUCCUCUCUGGACCAAACUUUGGUAUGCCCAGACUCCCAAGGAUGCACAAAAUGCAGAACCCGAGUCAAGGUCAUUUGCGCUGCUUCGAAACUCCUCUGACGAUCCUCUGAAGCGAGCUGUCACCGCGCUCGAAGUCGAGCAGGACUGCCAAGUCACCCUGAAUAGGGUGCUCAGCAAGCCAACAGCGACACAUCCAAGCUCGGUAAUCAUGGUGUCCGGCCCCAAAGGCUCUGGCAAAUCAACAAUCUGCAAGUGGAUAAUCAACACAUUCUUAACUGCAUCAAAAGCGACAGCAGCCACGUCAUGCUUUUGGUUGGACCUAGAUCCAGGCCAACCCGAAUACUCGGCGCCUGGUCUAAUGUCUCUUGUGCAAAUUCGAUCGCCUGUUCUCGGACCCAACUAUACACAUCCGUCUGGUCACGUCAGUUCGGCUCACAGAACAAUCCGAUCACAUACUGUCGCGGCCAACUCACCAAGAGAGGACGUCUUUCACUUCCUUGCUUGUGCGACGGAUCUACGUGACGAGUAUUUCCGUGCAUUGGAGGACUUUGCUGGAGCACCAUUGAUCCUCAACUGCUCUGGUUGGGUACUUGGAUCGGCCGUCUCGGCUAUGAUGGAACUGGUACAACAAUUUCCCCUGACAGAUGUGGUGCUUAUGGAGCCUAUGGAGAGAGACACUGUUGCAUCCAUCCAAGCCACGUUGCCAAUGGCCAAAGUGUUGAUGAUCCCACCCCGAUACAAGCCGGCUCAAUCCCGUACAAGCGCCGAACUGCGGUCCAUGCAAGCAAUGUCCUACUUUCACUCAUUGUCCCCAAGGAACGGGGUUUCACAAUGGACAAGCGAUCCACUCUCGCACAUUCACCCUUGGCACGUCAAAUACAACGGCCCUAACGCUGGUAUCUCAAACAUCAUGUCGUACGGCGAAGCAGUCAGCCCAGAGUUCUUGGCAACAAUCAUCGACGGCAUGAUUCUAGCCAUCUGUGAGAUUGAAUCUGACGAAGCAUAUGCAACUGUGCAAUAUAGACCUCCUCAUGCACCCUCGGCGUCAGCGGUAGAGAUGGGAGAGACCAUGACGGAAAGGAUCGGCAGAACACCAGAGGGUCUGCCCUACCUUCGUGCCGACAACAGUGGGUUGAUCCAACCGCUCGACCCACGGUUUUCGUGCUGCAAGGGAUUGGCUGUUGUCCGUGGCAUCAACGUAGCAAAACAGGAGUUGCAACUUCUUACACCCAUGACGGUCAAGCAGAUCAAAGCUCUGCAAGGGUCCAAGACUGUGUUGGUCAGGGGUAAAUUUGAUUCGCCUGGAUGGUUGUUCUUGGAAGAUACGUAUAGUGGAGAUCCGCAGAAGGUCAAGAGGCAAGAAGCGUUCAGCCUGAUGAAGAACAAGACUACCAAGCCAUAUGUUGCGCAAAGAGAUGCGAAUGAAACGGGAUUGGGGCUGGGAGAGAAGGAGUGGAGGGUCAGGCAUUUGCCGAGGAACUUUGGAGGCAGAAACGCUGUAUGA